GCGUGAUUAUGUUUUUGACAGUGUGGGAGGUGACAAGGGGAAGGUGAAAAAAAGCCUUAUAAGUGUGGGGUUCUUUACUGAAUAAACCCACAUUUUCUUGUCAAUCUUGUGGAGUCUCGUCCUUGAGGAAGAAGUUACAGCUGUGAAAGUUCCCAGUAUCAGUUGAUCAAGAACAAUAUGGCAGCAGUGGACAGUUUCCACUUGUUAUACCGGGAGAUAGCAAGGUGCUGCCACACACACAUGGAGUUUCUAGCUGUAGUAGGAGCAUUUUACACAGCUCGGAAAGGCCUCCACUUAGUGGGUGGAUGCUGCAGUCUCCUUUGGUCAAAUGUCACCCCUCUUCUGCUCAGCAGGAACAGUGUAAUCAAACAAUAUGGAGAGUGGGCUGUAGUAACCGGAGCCACUGAUGGCAUUGGUAAAGCAUAUGCAGAAGAGCUGGCGAGCCGUGGUUUUAAUAUCAUUCUGAUCAGUCACAGCAGUGAGAAGUUAAAUAUCAUUUCUGAAGCUAUUGUGAAAACCUACGGAGUGAGGACCAUCUGCAUGGAGGUGGAUUUUAAUCAAGAUCAUGGUGUGUACACCGAUAUUAAGGAAGCCUUGAAAAAGACAGAUGUGGGGAUUUUGGUGAACAGUGUUGAGAUGAUCCAUGAGUACCCCCAGUUUUUUACAGAGACCCCUGAAGACAGACUGUUUGAGUUAAUCAAUUGCAACAUUGCUGCAGUCACAAUGAUGGUGCACACAGUUCUACCUGGUAUGGUAGAAAGAAAGAGAGGAGCCAUUGUCAAUGUGUCUUCAGUGUCCUGCUGUAAACUUGCUCCUCAGAUGGCUGUGUAUUCUGCAUCCAAUGCUUAUCUAGAAAGCUUCAGCAGAAUGUUGGAGAAGGAACUGUCUCCAAAAGGAAUCUUUGUACAGUCACUUAUACCACUAUGUGUGGGGAACAAGCAAAGUGCAUCCUGUGGAGUCUUGCAUCGUUUACCCUUUUUGGUCCCCUCUCCGGAAGUUUAUGCUCAUCAUGCAGUGCGAACAUUGGGAAUUACAAACAGGACAACAGGCUACUGGGCUCACUCUCUGCAGCUUCUCUUAUCAAGAUUGUUUCCUGGCUGGAUGUGCAGGGCUGUAGGACAGCUUUUAUCUGGAUCCCCUCUGCAUCCUUGAAAUAGUUGAGUUUUUCUGAUUAUUUUAGAGAACUAUUCCAAGGCAGGAUCUUUCCAUGUCCUCUUCUGACCACCCGCUUUCUGCGCAACAAGAAUUCCUUUCAAUAUUAGCCACAUAGUAAGAGAAUAACUUGGGCACAGUUCACAUUCCUAAAUUAUUUUGUUGUUGUUCUUAUGAGCAGUUCAGUUUACAACUGUAAAUUACAUAUUGUAUAUUGACAAAAUGUAUUGGGUUUUUGAACUUAUAGAAAUAAAUGUUACUAAUUAUGUUUUUGUAGAGAAUUUUGAACUUCUAAAAGCAAUAUUUCACUAUAAACAGCAAAUAUACUGUAUAUAGGUAGAACUAUAGGAGAAAAACUAAUGGAGGAAAUCCUGUUUCUGUGUUUGUCACUGGAGAAUAAAAUGAACAUUUCAGUA